GGCUGAUCAGGACGGCACAGGCUGCUCAGUGCCAAAUAACCAAGGGGCACGGAUGAACGGUCCACGCAAGCCCCACGCCGCUUUCCACAGCAGAGAGCGUGUGUUUAUGAUAGCUGGCAUGCAGGGAAAAGCCACUCCGCCGUGGGAUGACCCACAUCACCCGUCUCGACGGGAGAUUCCACGCACACGGAAUACUGCAUGUACAAAGUAUCCUACAUACCCACUUUGAACUGAGACGUCUUGUCCUCCGGGUCUGCGUGCUCCCUCACCAGCAUCAUGUGCAGGAUGCCGAAAGAGUUCUGAAUUCCGAAGAUGGAUCCAUUGCACCAGGUCGCUGCCAAAACCACCAGCCAGCCAAAACCUCCUUCGGGGGGCGCGAAUCCCCCGCCCUUCCUCUCCACCUGCACGGCCGGCUCCGCUUCGAGACCCGGGGACGAUCCGGGCUUGCAGCCGGUCUCGAUCAGCUGCACGGUGCUGUCCUCCUGCGGGACUUUCGACUCGCCGCCCGCCGCUCGCUCAUCUUGAUUCGGCUGCGGCUUUUGGGCAGCAUCGCCCCGCUCGUCUUCGGGGGGACCCGCGGCGGGCUGCUCCGUCCCGGACCCCCUGCCAGACGGCUGCGCCUGGUUGUCUACCCCGUUGGUCCCCAUGCUGUCUGGUCUAGCGCCGAGGAGACUGUGGGCUCUUGGCGCACAUACAUGAGAUAUAGGUCACUGACAUAAGCGUGGAUUUGAAUAGCCAAUUUGAUUGGCUCUCGGUCAAAACAUCGUGGCAGACAAGCCGCUCGCUAAACACGGCCCGGCGUGUGUCAUUCUAACGGACACACCGGGAAUUGUUGCGAUCUUUACAAGUGAUCGAAUCAACCGAGACGAGACAUGUUUACGUUUGUCGUCUUCUUCGCUUCUUGCCAUCAACCUGCGAGAACCUCGCCCCGGCCUCCACAGCACUUUGUCCCGGCUGACGCUACAGCAAGGCUCCCUGGUGCCUCGACGAAGGCCGUCCUGAGUUAAAUAGUUGGAAUUAUAAGGAACCGGCGCCUUCGCGUAUGUUCCACGGGCUGUCCUGUCCCGUCCACAGCGUCCACAGCCGGCAGUCAUUCAACUACUAGCUCACGCCCUCCUUUCCUGACAAGACUGACUGGCGGCGAGGGCCAAUGGCGGCGCUGGAACUUCGGCGCUUUCCGGACAACGCGCGAAGAUGCACGAACUUAGUAAAUAUGCUGGCAUGUUGCAUCCGGGAGCUGCAGGGUGCAGUAGCGAGUGUGCACCACUAAGGGGGGCUGCAACUCUUCUUCCAGCUGAAGAAGGCAUCCAUAGACCCUCUGCCGUACUGGACUCGUCCUCCUGACUGCUCAGGACUUGGAUAUUUCAACUUUAAGGUGGAUGGUUGAAGACUAAAGCAGCAUAUCCACGGUGCAAUCUAGACGGGGUGGGCUACCCGUAUCACACGUGGUCUUCGCCAGGGUGGAUCUGCGUGUCCAGGCACGGCCAAGCUAGAUGAAAGAAGGAAGGGAGAUGAUGGCCGCUGCACAAGCAAGUGAUUGCUGACCUUACACAGAGAUCCCACGCUCCAAGCCGUACAACCAUGCUCCUCGCCUGAACGAGAUGUUACCUGGAUGGGGAACGGCAGAAGGGAAACAUCUCCAGCGUGUGGACAUUUUAUGGGGACAGAACAGAACAAGUCAUCCAUGUCACGUACAUCUCAGGCUCUCCACUCCAGCAGACAGAUUAUGCAACACAUUCACACCACCUCACACGUCCACGUGCUUCGUUUCGCAUGCAUGCUUCCAAUGUAAAACAUUGAUGAUGGCUUGAAGGGGGAGGCUCCUCCAUGCUUCCGCUGCCCUGCUGUUGCAUGAACACGAAAGAACUUGCAACCUUUGCCAGCUUCAGCCCACAAAGGGAUCAACAUCUAGCGUUCCACAUCCCAGUCACAAUGGGGGAGACUAAUAAAUACACACGGGCGCAUUCCUCACCCCCUGCUCUCCAAGACCCACAUGGACACGCCAAGCUGACCUAAUGUUCCCGUCACGGGGCCACCUGGAAGUUUUUAACAUGGCUUGUAACACACGGAGCCCAAAACAACAUCCUGGUCAGCAGAUGGCAAGACAAGGCAGCCAGGCCCAGGCCCUUCUGAGAGGGAGGGUGCUGAAUGAAAAGUGCUGUGGAACAGAGGAGGGGGGGAGGGAGAGGCACCCGGGGGAUGUUGAAGAGGAGGAGGGUAUUUGGGCCACAGCUUUGCACGGUGAAGACGCCAGAAGUGGAGUCAACGCCAAGAGAAGGCAGGGAGAGAGGAAGACGGCGGAAACCCUCAUCGCCACCCCGCAGACAUGACAUCACCCCACCCGACGAUGCUUCUCCUUUUUCUGAUGAGCUGGCCUCCCCUCAGCACCAGCCCCGCCACGGACGCCGCUUCUACGUCUCUUCCCAGCACGCGUCCGCGCAUCACAUUCAUUACAGGCUUUGCUUUGGACGAUUACGACGACGACUAUGAUGAGGACGACCUGGCCAGCCGGCCUCCUCCCGAGGUGCUCGCCACCACGCGGACUCAUUUCCUCCAGCGUGCGCUCUGCCAAUUUAACCCCUGCCUGGAGAACCAGGUGCCCUGCGCCGAGCUGGCGGCCAGCACCCGCUGCCUCUGUCCUGGCAUCAGCGGGCCUGACACGCCUCCGCACGCGCCACGCGUGCACGCGCUGGUGCCCAUCCGUGAGGGGAGUAACAGGGGCCAAGUGGAGGUCCAGUGGUGCUCUCCAUCCUCCGUGGUGACUCAGUACAGAGUGCUGGUGGAAGGACAAGGCGGACAAGUAAUGGACUUUGGGAGCGCUUUCCGACGAAGCCCGGUGGGUUUUCUGGAAGCGGGAACCAGGGUGUGUGUGGAGGCCGUCAACAAAGCCGGACACAGCGAGCCUUCACAGUUUUCCUGCCAGCGGUAUGAUCCUCCUUCUUCAGACCACGAAGUGCUGGUUGCUGUCAUCGGCGGAGGAAUCGCCCUUUUGCUCCUCAUCUUGGCCGCCAUCUUCUGGAGGUGCUGGAAGAGCCAAAAGGCCAAGAGAGACUCCGCUGAAGGCCUGGGGAACCCUUCUUACAGCAAGGAAGGCUCCUUGUGAUCCACAUGGUCCACAUGAUCCAAUAAUACAGCCGGGGUGUCCCGUCUCUUCCCAGCCAGGGCAGGCGCUAGCAGGCGCUAGUGAAAAAGGAAAGGAUGCCACGUAUUUACAAGUAGUAUUUAGCAAAAAAGUACUGGGGCCGCUAUUAAUACCAACUUUGAUCUUCUUGUCUCAUUUUUAAUCUUUGUCAAAUGUUCUCUUUGUGAUAUUAUGACCUUAUUCCCAUAAUAUUACCUUCUUCUUGUCAUUUUGAUUUUAUUUCCAUAAUAUUUGGACAAACAUUGGAACUUUUUCUGCAACCAAAUUUUCCUAAAAAUCUAUUGCAACUUUUAGGAGUAUUUUCCCUGGUCAUAUUAUCUUAUUCUCGUCAAAUUUCAAGGUUUGUGUCUAAUUUUUUCAUGAUGAGGAAGGUUACUGCUGAUUUUUCCUUUUUUAAUGUAGUUAUAUGAAAUGAUAUUAGAGUGCUACUAUACAAUGUUACAGGGUAGAACUACAUGUUUUUGCUGGCAAACUGACUUAUGUAGAUUUCUAUUACAGUUUUUGUGAAAUAUUAUUUUGUGAUAAUAAAACUUUUGAU